AUGAAAUUGAGAGUUGGAAAGGCGGGUGCUCUUCAUGAGGCCUUGAUGAGAGCAGUCUCUAAGCCGCCCUGGCCCGACCGCAGGACAGCCACGGUCUCCGGCCAGUGGCAAUGCAGGCGCACGACCAUUGGUCAGAUGGUCAGUCUGACCUACUUUGUUUGCGCGCACACACGCCAGAUGCCGGUAACCAGACACAACGCAGUUCUAGUCCUUUUCGCAAUCCUCUGUCUGCUCAUACCCUUAUGUGACGGAUUCAAGCAGGGCUUUCUCCCCCUUUCCUCCUUGCUACAUCCAACUGACGGGCUCACACAUGGAUAUGGGGAUAUCGACAAUCAUCAGACGAUGCUCGUUCGGCUUGAAGCGGCCGGAGCUCUAGCGGAUAUGAAGUUGCCGGAGAGAGUGCUGAAAAGACCACGAGAGUUGCAUCCUGUGAUGAUGACUCUCUCGAAGCGGAACACUGUAACCAUGCAACGCCAUUGGAAGGUGGAGCAAGCGUCUUAUACAAACGGCGAAUCCAAUUCCGAUGGUGGCGAUGCUGACCGACACUGGGACGAGAGGAUGCAGAUCAACAUGACAGCCGGUGAAUCCGUGCCCACAGUCAGCUUCAAAGCGGCAGAGGAAAACACCAUCGAACUGCUCGUUGUGGUAACCAGGAAGAUGCAUCUCAUCCUCAAAGGCCGUCUCACUGAAUAUCUGGUCGCAACAUUUGGCGCUGUGGCCCAAAACUUCAAACACUGUAGCCUUAAAGCUUCGGUCAAAAUCAGCAUUGUUGAUAUUAUUCUUCUGGAUUCCAAUUUCGCACGACGUGAAGGCCUCGAAGAUUGGUCAAACAAGAAUCACGAAGAAGUGAUGGGCAAAUUUUGCCACUGGGUAAACAGGAUUCGAAGACCAACAAUGAAUUGGGACUCGGCUAUUCUCCUCAAUGUUGGGCAAGUGGAAAUGCAUGUUCAUCCAAUCUAA